UAUUUGACAAUUGUCAUUGACAGUUAUCAACAACAAUAACAAUAUUUAAGAGCGUGAUUUAACAAUAGAAUUAUCUAUUGAUCAAAGUACACGCACUUCAGCUUCAGUAAUAUGGUUGCUACUGUUGCCUAUGAAUAUUAUCUUAACUACCUUAAUUUUCAAUUUAUUUAAAAUUGUACCUCUAUAUCCAUUACCAUGUCAAUGUCAUACAUUCCCAGAGUUACACAGCUAGAUUCUCUACAAUUGGAUGAGCAAGUUGAGGACUUAUUCAAACAACUGUUAUUUAAUGCUACGAAAUUUCUAGAGCCUGGAAUUCUUCAGCCAAUUUUACCUGAGCUUGAACUCUUAUUAAGAUCUUGGAUGUUCAAGUACUCAUUAUGCAACAAGAAAUGUACAUUUGGUCAGGAAAUGUUAUCCUUGAAAUAUGACACCACAAACCUUUCAAAAAGCAAAUUGUAUUGGUACUAUGGCUAUACAAUAGGUUUAAGAUAUUUGAAAGACAGAGCCCUGUAUAGUUUAACUUCAAAUAUAAAAGUGCAAAACUUUUGCACUAAAUUAGAAACAUUUCAAUUGAUAGGAGAUAUUUUUAACUUCCUAAGAUUUAUACAGACUGGGAAAUAUCCGGUAUUAAUAGAUUUUAUACUUGGACUUGAACUGACUGCAGAUAAACUGGCAAGGGAAGACCUUACAGAUCUCUCCUGGACUCGAGAACUGUUAUGGCAUAAUCUAAUUGAAUUAAUAGGUACAGUGGUUUCUCUGGUCAAUUUGUUUGGGUUAAGAAGAAAACUGAGCAAUACUUUAAAAUAUGUUUGGUGGCGAAAACAUGUUCGGUCUGUCGGAGGAGCAAAACCACCAACAAUGACAAUCAAUACUGUUUGUGCUUGUUGCUCAAACAAACCAGUACUACCUCAUGUGAUGGGCUGCUCACAUAUAUUUUGUUAUUAUUGCUUAUCGGCAAAUAAAGCUGCUGAUCCUGAAUAUGAAUGUCCAAAAUGUUAUUUAAAUGGAAAUGAUAUUACUAAAUUUAGUAUAAAUUUAUGAGAGUGGUAUACAGUGAUGAAAAUUUAUUCUUAAUAUGAAUGAAAAUAGAAUACACUAAUCAAGUUAAGGGUAUUAAAGGUUGUGACUUAAUA